AUGCAUUCCCUCGCCACCUCAUUCAUCUCCUUAUCCCUACUAUCAGGCGCAGUCCAUGCCCAAAGCAUCGCUCGUGUCUGGACACACUUCUACCCAAACUGCCCUGGCGAGACAUUCAGCAAGCUGGACACAUACGAAGACUACCAAGAAUCCGGCCCAUCCCAAGAUAUCACCUUGGACAGCUGCAAAAGCUUCCCUGUCCCCUCCUACGAGCACAAUCUCGUCAGCGCUAUCUCUGUUGACGCCGAGCUCCUCACCCACAACCACGACCUCCCCUUCCUAGAAGGCGGCAGCGGCUGCAACAUCAGCGUGCACGAGGUCCCAGGCUGCAUCGACCCGCCCCUAAUCAACAAAGAGAUCCGAAAUGGCGUCGAAGUCAGCCAUUGUGUGCCGCGCCAGUUAGUCGCUUAUAGCCAGGUCUGGGUGAAUUUUGUCUGCGGCAGCGAUAGCCCUCUCCACAACGAGAACAUUCCCCAGACGACAGAAGAGAACAAGCAAGCAGACACCAAGCAGUCCAUGCCUACUGCUGCGCCCGAUGCGCCUGUGCGUACUGAGAAACAUACUUCCGUCGAGGAUAUCAAUAAUAUCCAGACGCCUGGGUCGAACUCGGAUUCGUGGCGUACGUCCCAGGUUGUGAAUAACCAGCGCGAGCCGGCGCAGGAGAGCCGUGUUAAUAUGGCCGGUCAUGCGCAGAGUGAGCAGAUCGUUCAUCAGAUGUUGGAGUUGUUGAAGAACAGGACUUCGCAUAUCGUCACUGGCAAGCAUCAUGCUACUCACUUGAAUGUUACACUGCAUCACAAUGGCACUACCCCAGGAAACCACACUGUGAUGUCACGUCGGCGUCUAUCUGUUUUGCGAGAUCGGGCUGGUCGUUUUGUUUGA